CUUGUGAUAAGGACAUUACGGAGUUCAUUAAAUAUUUGUCUCGGUUUUCUUUGUGAGUCUGGCAACGUCAUUAAUCAGACGUUUAAUAUAUUGUGGUUGCAUCACAGUCUUAUUUUAAAGGUUAUUAUUAAUAGCUUUAACUAUGGCCUUCAGAAAUUUGUUUUCACUUCCUGUCGUUAGAGCCGAUGACGAAGAGGAGUUGGUUGAUCCGCAAGCCACCCUAAGGGAAAAGUGUCAAGCUAAAGGUCAUAUUGAAUCCUUGUACAACAAGUACCAAGAGUGCAAUGAUCGUGUGAAUGGGCGAUCCAAAACAACGGAGACGUGCAUGGAAGAAUUGUUUGACUAUGUAGCUGAAUUGGAUCAUUGCGUUGCUCACAGUCUUUUUUCAAAACUAAAGUAACUACAAAUUAAAGCAUUAUUAUAAUUAAAGCAUUGAUUGAAAUGCCAAUAAAUUAGAAAUUAAAUAAACAAACCUCGUGGA